AGAUUCCGCCAAGACAAUUAAUUGUAAGCGGCAGAAACCACCGUCCCUCGGCCAAAACACCAAGAAGGCAUCGCAUACUCUGCAGAUUGCAUUGUAAUAUCCACAGGUUUCUUACUUGUACCUAUAGAGUUUCUGCAAGGUGCGAUACUCCUACGAUGGGAACUGAGGAUAGGACCAAAGUUUUGAUUUGCGGUGGAGGAAACGGUGCCCACUGUUUGGCGGGAUUAUCAGCAAGUAAUCCUGAAAAUGAAACACGUGUUCUUACUUUAUUCGCCGAUGAGGCAGAGCGGUGGACCAAAGUACUCCAAUCCAACGAUUUGACAGUUACCAUAGUGAAAAAUGACGGAGGGUCUGAGGAAAUAAAAUCCAAACCAACUUUGAUUACAAAGAACCCAAAAGAAGCGGUCACAGGUGCUGAAAUCAUAUUUUUGAUUGUUCCUGCGUUUGCACACGAACAGUAUUUUAGAGAGAUUUCACCUUUUAUUGGUGACAAUACCUUAAUUGUUGGUCUUCCAGGCCAGGCAGGAUUUGAAUUUCAGUGCUUGCACAUGCUUGGAGAAAAGGCUAAACACUGCACUAUAAUGUCGACGGAAUCCCUUCCGUGGGCAUGCAGGAUUCUGGAAUUUGGUCGUCUUGUUCAAAUUCUGGGCUUCAAAGAAACACUUGGUGCUUCUAAACUUCAAGGAAGCAUAUCGAAUCUGAAGCAAUCUCCAUUUGAGAGCGUUCAGAAAGUUUUAGGUCCCAAACCAGUUUUGAGAGAAAUUCAAAACUACAUUGCUGUAAAUCUGAUGGCAAAAUCAAUCAUCCACCCACCGCUGAUGUAUGGAAAAUGGUCGGCAUUUAAUGAAGCUGCUCCUUUGAAAGAGAAGCCGCUGUUUUACCAAGGGGUAGACGAAAAGCAGGCAAGUCUGCUGUCUAGCGUGAGUAAUGAAUGUAUCGCCAUUGGAAAGGCAAUUGAAAAACAAAUUCCUGGAAUUGACAUGUCGGAAGUUAUUCAUAUAUUAGACUGGUUCCUCACUUACUAUGCGGACCAGAUUACUGACAAGUCAAAUCUGAUGACAACCAUGCAAACAAACAAAGCGUACGACGGUUUGCUCCACCCCAUGAAACAGGUGGACGGUGGUCAGUUUGUACCGGACUUUAGCUACAGGUACACGGCUGAGGACGUACCGUUCGGGCUCGUCGUUCUGAAAGGGAUCGGUCAGCUGGCUGGAGUGGACACACCUGUGAUGGACGAAAUCAUCACCUGGGCUCAGGGCAAACUCAACCAGGAGUACCUUGUAGGAUCAGAAUUGUCUGGAAAAGAUUUGCCAAAGACCAGGGCUCCGCAGAGAUUUGGAUUUAAAACUCUGCAGCAGUUGUUCGACGUUUAAAUAAGCAGACAUUUCAUAACAUAGUUAGUAAUAUGGGUAUGUAAUACUUUGUUAAAUAUCAGUGUUAGUCCUGUUCCACAGAAGCUCUAGUUUAUCUCGAUCAAGACUAAGUGGUAUACUAGUACACCAGUCUUAAUUGUAUUCUCACAUAUUGAUAAGAAUGUAACAUGUAGAUCGUGUAAUAUAUUGCAGAUCGUUAAUAAAAAUCAUUUAUUUUCAUUCAUGAUGUUAAAUACAAUAUCAGCGCUUCCUUUAACUGUUGACAAAUAAACAUAGUUUACAAUUUA